AUGCAAUCAAAGGUCCAUCACGCGACGAGCUCUGCCCCGGACAUCGACUGGGUUAUCGAGGAGUCAAAGCGAACUCCUUUCUCAUUUAGAAUCUCGACAAUGCGCAUCAAGGAUGCGCGAAAAGUCAAGUUUCUCAGUUAUAAAGGGAAGGGGGAUCCUAAAGUUCACCUCCAUACUUUCCUCCUUACGGUAGGAAGGGUGGAUUUCGAGCCUCACGAGAAGGAUGCGGGGUAUUGCAAGCUCUUCGCCGAAACAUUUGUCGGACCAGCCCUCUUGUGGUUCGCUUCGCUUCAAGAGGGCACGAUCGAUAGCUUCACCCAGCUCUCCACAACAUUCGUGAAACAGUAUUCUAGUUUCAUAGGAGUUGGUGUGACCGACGCUCAGUUGUGGAACUUGAGUCAGGAACCGAACGAUUCACUUCGGUCCUACAUCACUAGGUUCAAAAAGAUAAUGGUCCAGAUUCCCGGACUCUUUGAUUCAGCGGCAUUGUCUGCCCUCAAAAACGGUUUGUGGCAUGAGUCACGAUUCAGGGAGGAAGUGACGGUUAAUCGCCCAUCCAGUAUCCAGGACGCCCUUCAUCGGGCAUCGAACUGGAUCGUAGCGGACGAGGAGAAAGCCGCACUUGCCAAGAAAUACAAACUGACUCCCAAGCCGAGCUUCGACCAAGGAGCUAGGCGGAGCUCGCAGGGUCAAAUACCGGGGCCGGGAACUUUUGCGGUGGACCACCAGAAGGGAGGUCCGAAGGGGACUCCGUCGAAGCAGGGGUUCGGACCACGAAGUAGGAGCAUGGCCUUACCCACCAAUAUAUGGAUCCGGGAGGAGCAGGAUGAUGAUUCCUUCUGCAAAUUCCACAAGGUGGCUAGACACGCCACCCGGAACUGCAAAAAGCUCAUGCACCUUCUCGCAGAGAGGUUCGUGAGCGGGGGGAUGCCGGAUAUAACGAUUGACGAGCUCGACCAGGCGCAAAAUGCUGUCCAGCUCGUGGUUGAGGUGGCUCCCGAAGAAGAAGAGCUUCCUCCGGCGAAAAAACCUAAGGCGCUUAUCGAGGAGAUCCCCCAGGGAACGAAGAAGCGUAUCGAUGUGAUCAUGGGAGGGUCCAGGAUAUUCCGGAACUCCAUCAGAGCCAUAAAAGACCACCAGAGGAAACUGAACGAGUCAGCCCCGAAGAGGCAGAAGACGUGCGAAGUCUACCCCGAGAUAACUUUUUCGGAGAAGGAAACCGAGGACCUAGACUCCCCUCACGAUGACGCGCUGGUCAUUACGUUAGACGUGGCGAACCACGAAGUUUGCAGGAUAUUGGUCGAUACGGGGAGCUCGGUAUAUUUAAUUUUCCUGGAUACACUCGUGAGGAUGGGUAUCGACAAGAGUCAUGUCUCCGGACCUCCGGCUCCUUUGGUAUCAUUUACCAGCGAGACCUCAAUGUCCUUUGGUACCAUAACCCUCCCGGUUGCCGUACAAGGGGCGUCUAAGAUGGUAGAAUUCACCGUCUUCGACCGACCUGCGGCUUAUAACGCCAUUCUAGGGACUCCGUGGUUGUAUCAGAUGAAGGCGGUCCCGUCCACCUACCACCAAUGCGUCAAGUUUACAACGCCAAACGGAGUCCGCGAAAUAUUGGGUAGUCAGCGUACGGCCAGAAGUUGCUAUCUGGCUGGACACAAGCUACUGGUCCAAUAG